AUGUCCAGUCAAACCAAGGCCUCCAACAUAGAGAAUGGAGCAGCGCGGAGUGAGAACAGGGGGCAAAGGCUCAGAGUGUGUAUCUCCUACCGCACAGGUGGAGUAGUGGGCUCAGAUGCUGUGAUGCUCAGGUUCCUGGGUCAAGCUCGCCAUCGAUUUGGUAAGUUCUCGUCAGGUAAGUUCUCGUCAGGUAAGUUCUCGUCAGGUAAGUUCUCGUCAGGUAAGUUCUCACUUAGGGUUUGUUGUGGACUGAACGUCUUUGAAACUCAUCCAAAGCUCUUUGACUGGGUUGACCAGAACUUGGCUUGCGAGUGGACACAGGCCUGGAUCCACUUGGAGACUCGGUAG